AGUUCUUUUUGGAGGCAACAAUAGUCUUUGUUCAAGAUCUUCCACCAUUCUUAUUAGGGUUACCAAAAGGAGGAGGAGGGAGGUGCAAGGAGAAGGGUGUUUCUCCAUAGUAACAAUGACAAAACAAGCCAUUUUACCACCAGGAAGGCAAAGGGAGAGACCCACACAAACUCCAGCAGGAGCGCUGAGGAAGAGGAGCAGAUUUUACUUUGUUAGAGAAAGUGUACUGGGAGGUACCAAGCCAAGCAUGGACCGGGACAGUCACAGUGAGGACACGUUGUCCACCUUGGUUCUGGAGAACGUCAAGAACAAACUGAUUCAUGCCUUCAGGGUGACCACAGAGCCCAGAGAUCUGCAGGAGUCUGCCUGCAGCUCCAAGUCGAUCAGCAUCGGGAGGAGUCACCAGGCGAAUGAGGAGCUGAGGCGGGCGAAGAUAGAUGGAGCUAUAACCUGGCUGAGAUCCGAACUGCUGGAAAUGCGAACUCAGGACCUCCAGCUGGCUCAGACGCUGCUGGGGCUCAACACAGAGAUCCAAAGACUGAGGAGGGAGAGUUUUGGGGGGUUGGAAGUGCAAGGGGACGAUCAGCAGUGAGCGGACCCCACAAGGCUGCUUCUUAUCUGGGAAGGACUUAAAACUGACAAAGGGAUUACAUGGAGCAAGUAGACGCUGGUAGCCUUGCUGCAUGGACAGUAACAUGGUAAAAUAAAACACCUAAAAAUGUUUUGCACUUUGCAGCGUUGUUCUGAAGAGAGCUGUCUAGAUUCUGGAAAGCAUAUAACAAAGUUUAAUGAAUGUAAGGUUGAGGAACAAUAAAUAAUUGUCCAGCA